AUGACUGCCUUGAAGGUAGAGUCAUGGAUCUGGUAUGCGAUGGUGAUUAUGGUCGCCGCGAGCAGAUAUGUCUCGAGAUACAUGACGCUUCGAAGUCUGCGAAGAUUCCAACUCGAUGACUAUGGCAUGCUCAUAGUCCUCUGCUUCUACACUACCAUGAUAGCCACCAUCAACAUCGUGCGCAACACCAGCAGCAACCUGCAACGUAGACUGCCGCCAGGAUUCGACCUCGCCACCUUGACGCCAUCUGGAAAGGCAGAAAGGGAAUACGGCAGCAAGCUCGUCCUCGUCGUGGAGCAGUGUCAAUGCGUCACGAUCUGGGGAGCCAAACUCUGUCUUCUCGUCCUAUACCUACGCCUGACUCAGUUCCGCUGGGAGAACGUGGGCAUCAAAGUCCUCAUCGGCUAUGUCAUUGGCUCGUUUGUCAUCAUGGAGGUAUUGUACUUCGCCGUCUGGUGUCGUCCGUUCCAUGAGUACUGGGCCGUGCCUACCAACUCCAGCCAGUGCGACGCCGCUACGAACCACCUCAUCACGAAUGCCGUCUUCAACCUGUCCUCGGACUGCAUCAUGCUGGCGAUCGGCCUGCCCAUGUUCCUGCGGAUGAAGCUGCCAUGGAAGAAGAAGUUGCCUCUCGUGGUGAUCUUCUCACUCGGUGUCUUCGUCAUUCUCGCCGCCAUCUUGAACAAGGUGUAUUCUUUCACUCAGCCCUUUGGUUCGAUGUGGUCGUACUGGUAUGUGCGUGAGAGUUCAACAGCACUGCUAGUCGCCAACCUCCCCUUCGUCUGGAAGUUCUGGGCGAAGAUUACUGGCAUCAACUCUUUGACGGGUGCCACGCGACAGGACCCCACUCAAGCAGAUUCGGGGCGUGGUGGCAGUGACAGGAAGGAGAGUCUGAUGAACUUACCAGGCUUGUUCAGUGAAUCACCACCUUCGUCUCAACGACGAGGCUCCAACACGUCGAACGGGCUAACGUUGAUGGAAAUGUUGAGAGGAGACCCUCCACCAAAGGCCCAGCCUGAGCUGCGUCGAUAUGAUAGCAACGAUGUUCUGCCGGCGAUGCAGAAAGUGGUGAUCAAUGACGGACCAGCUCGCGAAACACUGCGUCGCGAACAUUCGAAUCAGGAGCGUCGUCAAAGCACAACGCCUCCAUCCUCAGCAUUGCCGCCGUCGAUACAGAGUAGCUGGUCCGCGGGGUCUUUUGUAUGA